AUGGAGUAUCGAAAAACUCUUUUCCGAACUUGUAUCGUACAGUAUUUUCUCGUUGUUACGAAAUUAAAUUACCGUUCCAUGUGCUUUUCGCACUACACAAAUUAGCUACUUCAAAAUUUACCGUUCCGACAUAAUGAAUUCCCAUUGGACGCAGUUGAUUUUUGAGCAAGCGAACCACCGCUAUAUAUAUAUAUAUGGCAACGUACCCUAACCUUACUAUUCUGUUUAACCACAGUAUCAUACAAUCACGAAAUUGCCUUUUAUAGAGUUGUAACAUAUUUACACGACAAUUUAUUAGGUAUUUAAUUGAAAAUAGUAAGCUGAACAUGGCUCGUAUUGCUGAUGAAGAAUUGAAGAAAGCAUUUGCAGAAUUGCAUGAAAAAGUUAUUGAUACUAGGCAAAAACUCAAGCUAGCAGAUAUACAAAUUGAUACACUUCGUCGUAAUAAACAACGAGCUGAGUUAACACAAGUUGAGCUUAGAACGUUACCUGAUAAAACAAAGACCUUUGAAGCAGUUGGUCGAAUGUUUAUUCUUCAAGAUAGAAAUACAAUCAAGAAAGAUUUGGAUGUACGCACAAAAACAGCAGAUGAAAAAAUAAAAACUCUUGAAAAUAAUAAGACAUAUUUGCAACGUAACUUAAGAGAAAGUGAAAAUAAUAUCAGAGAAAUGGUUCAAAAACGACAAAGUCAAGAAGCUAGUUAAAGUUAAUAUAUGUAUUGAAAAUAAAUUAUUCAUAACUGCUGAAAUUAUCAAUAUGCACAUCAAUCACAUCUAUUCUGUCUAUUUGUCAUCUGUUAUUAUAAAAAAAGUAUCGUCAUAUAUUUCAAAUGCUAUCAUAUAUAAUAAAACUAGAGCAUUUUCACUCAAAAAAAUAAUAAUAAAAUAGUUUUUAU